GGCGGAGUCGCCGACGGCGUUUCGAGGGAGGCGUACCGCUUCUCCCCUAGUUCCUCCCCUUCGCCCUGUAAAUCCCGCCCCUCAGAAGGAUUCCGUCAUGCCAUCAGCAGGGAGCUGGAUCAGAAGUUGAGCAGUCAAGACUCGAACUGGCUCCCAUAUAGGAUCCCAGUACCUCAAGUGAAUGCUUAACCUGCUAUGCCACAGUGCCAACUGCAACAACAGAGUCUUAAAAAACACCAGUAAAGAAGGGAGAGCAGAAGCUCUUAUGAGAGAUAUUAAAAAGAUGCAAACAAAAAAUGUAUAGUAUCAUAGAAGCCAUGAGGAGAAAAAGGUUUAAAAAUUAAAUUCGGGACUAAAUAUAUUUCUCCCAAGAAAUUCCCUAAAUACACAAAUUGACCUUAUCCCUUAGCUGAAAAACACUACACAGAUUCUCAAAUGUCAUAAGGUCAAGUUUGAUAGCAUGCUGACAAAAGUCUCCCUUAGCUGGCCUUUACUCAUCACUCAACCUCAUCUUUCACCACUGCUCCCCUACCCCAGGUCCUCUUUAAAAAUGUGCUCAGUUGAUGUUCCCAUGAUCUCCUUUUUCUGUUUCUAAUAUCUUCAGGUCUUUGCAUAUACUCCAUGCACUCUGCCUCUAGUACUCUUCCCCCUAUCAUCUCUAUACUUAACUUCUAUUCAUCCUACAGAACCCAGGCUCAGUUGGGCCCCUUCUUAUGCACUUUAAAAGCUGUCUGUGUAUGCAUCUAAUUGAGUACUCACCAGUAUCCUGGCAAUGAUGGCCAUUGUUCAUUACCUGUGCACCUAUUUCCCCUUCUAGACUGAACUUCUGGGGGUUGAGGGCAGGGAGUUUGUCUCAUCCAUCUUUUAUCCCCAAUAUUAGAACAAUUUAGCCUGCCACUUGGCAGGAGUUCUGAUUAUAACUUGCUGAGAAAGAUGAUAGUAAUGAAAGGGACAGGUUGAACAAGAACGGAUAGGGGUUUUGUUUAUUUGGGUGAGGGAGAGAUUUCAGCAUGUUCACAGAAAGGGAAAAGUAGAAAGAAGCUGAGGAUCCAGAAAACACAUGAAAUAGCUGGUGGGAUCAGGCACCAGAGGCAACAGGAAGAGCACAUGGACUAAAGCACCACAGAAGGCUCCCGUCAUACCAUCCAAUGGGAAGGAGGUCAUAGGGAUGUGGAUGUCCAUGAAGACACAGAUAAUGAAAACAGAGCUCACAUCUGAUGUGAGAGGGAUCUCCUUGUCUCUGGAGACUAGUUCAGCACCUCACACAUAUGAGCCACUCAGUAAACACUUGUUAAGUCAAUUAGUAAUGAAGGCCAAGCAGAUAACUUGCAUAUAGUAAAACAGAGUGAGCGUCAGAGCCUACACUGGAAUCUACAUCUCCUGAACUGUAGGGUCCCCGUGUAGCUCAGCUUGGGGUACAGGAAGUGAAAGAGGAAGACAGAAACAAGGCCCAGGCUUCCAUCAAGCAUGCACACCCCACCCUCUCUAGAGAUCUCAUUAGAGGUGUUUAGCUCUGCAGGUGUUAAGUUCAAGUCCUAGGAGACAGGGCAGGCACUGGAGAUACACUGCCUCCACUGUUUCAGUAGCUGCUAGCCCUAGAUGUGUUGCUAAGAGCUUCCAAGACAGAGCAGUCACAGCAUUAGCCUCAGGAAAGCCUCUUCCAAGCAAUCAGGCACUAAUCCUCACCUCCGGAAACUACCUGCUGGCAAAGAGGCCAAAAGAUACCUGACACCCCAGCACCAGACCACAGAACCAUGAGCCAGGACAGCAAGGUGAAGACAACAGAAUCCAGCCCACCUGCCCCUUCCAAGGCCAGGAAAUCACUGCCUGUCCUAGACCCAUCAGGAGACUACUACUACUGGUGGCUGAACACAAUGGUCGUCCCAGUAAUGUAUAACCUCAUCAUCGUCAUCUGCAGAGCCUGUUUUCCCGACUUGCAGCAUGGUUAUCUGGUGGCCUGGUUUGUUCUGGACUACAUGAGUGACCUACUGUACCUACUGGACAUCAUAGUGCGCUUCCACACAGGCUUCUUAGACCAAGGCAUCCUAGUAGUGGACAAGGGGAGGAUCGCGAGUCGCUAUGUCUGCUCCUGGAGCUUCUUGCUGGACCUGGCUUCCCUGGUGCCCACGGACCUGGUCUACCUGCGGCUGGGCCCACACACACCCACACUGCGGCUGAACCGCUUUCUCCGGGUGCCCCGCCUCUUUGAGGCCUUUGACCGCACGGAGACACGCACAGCUUACCCCAACGCCUUCCGCAUCGCCAAGCUGAUGCUUUACAUUUUUGUCGUCAUCCACUGGAACAGCUGCCUGUACUUUGCCCUGUCCCGGUACCUGGGCUUCGGGCGUGACGCAUGGGUGUACCCGGAUCCUGCACAGCCUGGCUUUGAGCGCCUUAGGCGCCAGUACCUCUAUAGCUUCUACUUCUCCACGCUGAUCCUGACCACCGUGGGCGACACGCCACUGCCAGCCCGGGAGGAGGAGUACCUCUUCAUGGUGGGCGACUUCCUGCUGGCUGUCAUGGGUUUUGCCACCAUCAUGGGCAGCAUGAGCUCUGUCAUCUACAACAUGAACACAGCAGAUGCAGCUUUCUACCCGGACCAUGCGCUGGUGAAGAAGUACAUGAAGCUGCAACAUGUCAACCGCCGGCUAGAACGACGAGUUAUUGACUGGUACCAGCACCUGCAGAUCAACAAAAAGAUGACCAAUGAAGUAGCCAUCCUACAACACCUGCCUGAGCGGCUGAGGGCAGAAGUGGCUGUGUCUGUACACCUGUCUACUCUGAGCAGGGUACAGAUCUUCCAGAACUGUGAAGCCAGCCUGCUGGAGGAGCUGGUGCUGAAGCUGCAGCCCCAGACCUACUCGCCAGGAGAAUAUGUAUGCCGCAAAGGGGACAUUGGCCGAGAGAUGUAUAUCAUCCGUGAGGGUCAACUGGCCGUGGUGGCAGAUGAUGGUGUCACACAAUAUGCUGUGCUGGGGGCAGGGCUCUACUUUGGGGAGAUCAGCAUCAUCAACAUCAAAGGGAACAUGUCCGGGAACCGCCGCACAGCCAAUAUCAAGAGCCUGGGUUAUUCAGAUCUGUUCUGCCUGAGCAAGGAGGACCUGCGGGAGGUGCUGAGUGAGUAUCCACAAGCCCAGACCGUCAUGGAGGAGAAGGGCCGUGAGAUCCUGCUCAAAAUGAAUAAGUUGGACGUGAAUGCCGAGGCAGCUGAGAUUGCCUUACAGGAGGCCACAGAGUCCCGGCUACGAGGCCUUGAUCAACAACUUGAUGAUCUACAGACCAAGUUCGCUCGCCUCCUGGCUGAACUGGAGUCCAGUGCCCUUAAGAUCGCUUACCGCAUUGAAAGACUGGAGUGGCAGACUCGAGAGUGGCCAGUGCCAGAGGACCUGGCUGAGGCUGAUGACGAGGGUGAGCCUGGCGAGGGGACUUCCAAGGAUGGAGAGGGAAGGACUGGCCAGGAGGGACCCCUGGGCCCAGGGUUGUAGGAAAGCCUGACUACAGAAACUCUACCAGGCUGUCUGCUGGGUCACAGAGACAGGAAUGAAUUGGGCUGUAGAAGCCCAGCUAAAAAUAGGAAUGUAGCACAUGCUCAUCUCUCAGUCUCCAGUACACCCACAUAAACACCAAGUGCACAUCCACAUGCUGGCCUCAAACUGUGCAUCCCAUACACAAUACUCUGGAGUUUCCAUUCUCAGAGCACACAUGCUUUUCACUAAACAGUUUUACACCAAGAUAGCAUAUGCACAUGUAGUCAUGCACCUCCUAAAUACACAAAUGCUGACAGUCACACACCAACAGACAUAAAGACACCCUACAGAGAUGUGCACAUGCUUGUGAAAACCCAAAAGCACACCCAGAGUCGUCUUUGUCUAAAAGGCUCUUCAAACGCUCCCUCAUAUGGGUGAGUCACAGUGGUACCCUACAAGUUACACUUCACUGAAGUAUUUGCUUCCUCACUAAACAUUUGUGGGGCUGGAAAGAAAAGAGAAAGCUGGUGGUGGGCGAGGAUGAAUUCUAUCUCAAUUCUGAGUCACAGUGUCACAUGAGCCGUGUGGUGGCUGGUGACUUGGAUUCAGUGAGGCUGGGGGACUUGAAGAACUGAGCCAAAGAAAACAGGCUUGUGCAUCACAGUGCUGUAAGUGUGUCUUCCUUAUGAAAUUCCAUGGAUAUGUUGGAUAUAUUCACAUGCGCACCCUGGCCUUGCACCUUGCUCCUGAGUGUGUGUUCUGCAUUCUGUGACCCUGAGGGAUUUGAUCCAGCUUGGUGGGCCAGAGGAGACACCUCAGCUUCUUUUUUCUUGCCCUUGCCCAGCUCUGGAACCUGGGAAAGCACUUCCCUGUGUUCAGGGCUGAUUCCAGGGAGACAGUGGUUCUCAGGAGCAUACCCUAUUCUACCAACCCCAUUGAUGGGGCUGGCCUUGGUGCUGGCAGAAAUCCAGCCUCUCUUCUUUGCAUGGUGUUCCAAAAUAUAGAGUAGAGACUCAAGUCUGGGUGGAGUGGCAUAUCAUGCUCAGGGACAAUUAGAGACUAGUGCAUUGAAAGUUUGGGGUAACUGUGGUGAGCCUGGAAGGAGGUCUAGGACGCACCACUUCAGUGCCUGCACGGCCUGGCCAGUCUUCAGGUCUACUCUGUGUCAAGUGGUGUUUCAAAAUGUGCUCAGGACUUAUUUUAAAGGUAUACUGAGUAACGACCCUCUACUCUCAGGAGAGAUUAUCAUGGUCAUUGCACUUAAAAAUGUUUUAAAACAUGAAGUUACUUUGUGAUAGUUAUUUUGUGUUAUCUUCCUCACAAAAUUAAAGAUUCAUAAAGCUGA